AUGAAGACGCACAAGGCCCGACAUCGCCUCAGAACGUGCCUCCUUCUGGCUCUGACUUUAAAUUACACAGUCCUCACCAUGAGUGUUGAGUUGGCAGACAUAAAGUUGGGGAUUGCUCUAUUUGACAUGAUCCUGGACUUUCGUCGUGUCCCUCCCGUCGCCGGUAGGCUGGUCAACAUGACAAAGGAGAUCCGAGACGUGACCCGAGACAAAAAGCUCUGGAGGACCUUCUUCAUUUCACCAGCCAACAACGUGUGUUUCUAUGGAGAGUGUUCCUACUACUGUUCCACCGAGCACGCUCUGUGCGGCAAACCGGACCAGAUAGAAGGAUCCCUGGCCGCCUUCCUCCCUGACCUGGCCCUGGCCAAGCGCAAGACCUGGAGGAACCCGUGGAGACGCUCCUACCACAAACGCAAGAAGGCAGAAUGGGAAGUGGACCCCGACUACUGUGAGGAGGUUAAGCAGACGCCACCGUAUGACAGUGGCACACGACUGCUGGACAUCAUGGACAUGACCAUCUUUGACUUCCUCAUGGGAAACAUGGAUCGUCAUCAUUAUGAAACUUUUGAAAAGUUUGGAAAUGAGACCUUCAUCAUCCAUCUGGACAAUGGCAGAGGCUUUGGAAAGCACUCUCAUGAUGAGCUGUCCAUUUUGGUGCCACUGACUCAGUGCUGCAGGGUCAGGAAGUCCACCCACCUGCGUCUGCAGCUGCUGGCGAAGGAGGAAUACAAACUGUCCACGCUGAUGGCAGAAUCCCUGGUGAGGGACAAGCUCACUCCCAUCCUCAUCCAGCCCCAUCUGAACGCCAUGGACCGACGACUGCGCCAGGUGCUCCAAGUUCUUUCUGAAUGCGUCGAAAAGGAGGGUUACAGCUAUGUGGUGGAGGACGACCUCCAGGAAGAGCAAGAGAUGGACCGCGCCCACACCGGCCCGAGGCAGAGGUAG